CGCAUGCGCGAGACUAAGUUCUCUUCCUGGCAAAAUGGCGAUGAAUUCAGUGUGCUGUCGCUGGCAGCUUCUACGACUCCUGCGACCCCAGCGUUCGUUCCACAGCGUCGCAGGGUCCCUGAAACCGCUGGCCGCUGAGCUCCUCGCAGCCCGCCCAGGUAAUGGGCGGCCACACUACGCUCUUCUCACCGUCUUAACUCCUCGCAGCAUCAGUACAUGCACCACCCUCUUUGCAGAAGCCCAGGCGCAGGCACCUCCUGUUGUUCCUGCCACCCCCACUCCUGCUGCAGUACCAGAGGUAGCUUCCGGAGGGCCUGCAGAUGUAGUCCAGUGUGCCGCAGAACAGAGCUUCGCAGAACUGGGGCUUGGCUCUUACACCCCAGUGGGACUCAUCCAGAACCUCCUGGAAUAUAUACAUGUCGACCUGGGCCUACCUUGGUGGGGGGCCAUUGCCACAUGUACUGUCCUUGCCCGCUGCCUCGUUUUCCCCCUCAUUGUGAAGGGCCAGCGAGAAGCAGCCAAGAUCCACAACCACAUGCCAGAGAUGCAGAAGUUUUCCACUCGAAUCAGAGAGGCCAAGUUGGCAGGAGACCAGGCUGAGUUUUACAAGGCCACCAUAGAGAUGACACGCUAUCAGAAAAUGCAUGAUAUUAAACUCUUCAGACCGCUCAUUCUACCUCUCACUCAGGCUCCCGUCUUCAUCUCCUUCUUUAUUGCCUUGAGAGAGAUGGCCAACCUGCCUGUGCCCAGCCUCCAGACAGGUGGGCUCUGGUGGUUCCAAGAUCUCACCAUCUCUGAUCCCAUCUACGUCUUGCCACUGGUAGUCACAGCCACCAUGUGGUGUGUCCUUGAGCUAGGUGCUGAGACAGGUAUGCAGAGCUCCGACCUUCAGUUCAUGAGGAACAUUAUCAGGGUAAUGCCCCUGGCCGUCUUGCCUGUGACCAUCCACUUCCCCUCGGCAGUGUUCAUGUACUGGCUGUCCUCCAAUAUGUUCUCCCUGUGCCAAGUAGCCUGCCUCCGGAUUCCAGCCGUGCGCACCAUGCUUAAGAUCCCCCAGAGAGUUGUCCAUGACCCUGACAAAUUGCCUCCUAGGGAAAGCUUCCUGAAGAGCUUCAAAAAAGGCUGGAAGAAUGCUGAAAUUGCACAUAAGCUCCGAGAGCGGGAGCAACGAAUGCAAAAACACUUGGAUCUAGCCGCCAGAGGUCCCUUACGACAGACUUUUACCCACAACCCUCUGCUACAACAUGAUCCAAGUCACCCCCCCAACACCCCCAGCAGCAGCACCAACAGCAGCAAAACGAACACAAAGAAGCCGUGGCAGGACACACUUGGCUGAGGUGUUCCAUGCUCACUCUGACAAGAGCCCUGCCUCUGCACAGACUCCUCCAAAUAGACUUGAUGCCGUGUCCCUGCCCCAGCCCUGGAGACUACAGCAUUUGGAAGUGUUCAUUUUAAAAAUUGUUUCCACUACAGACUGUGUGUAUUAAAAGCCCUGGAGAGCCGAGCGACCUUCCCAUCCACACAGUUAGUAAACCUCUGUCUUGUCUGGGC